UCGAAAUUGUGAGACGGGACAGCGAGAAUUGCAGAGAGAGAGAGAGAGAGAGAGAGGGAAAAAAAAGGAAGAGGAAAAAGGAGAAACCCGGAGGCCGGAAUCCCAAUCGAUCGAAGGAAGCAGAGCUGGGGGAUCGCGGCGGCGGCGGCGGCCGGCGGGGGGAGAACCGGAGCGGAGCCGUGGAGCGAUCAGGGGGGCAUCUGCGCCCGAUGUGGGCGUGGGGCCUCGCCGAGCGCGCCGUCGCCGGUCUCCUCGGCCCCGCCGGCGCGAAUGGCGGUCGCUGGAACACCGCCGUCGCCGUCGGGGUCACGGCCGCGGCCGGCAUCGCGCUAGUCGCCAUCGUCAUCUCCUCCCGCAGGGGCGGGAUCAAAUCGCCGUGGCGGCGGCGGAGGAAGCCCGCGCUUGGGCCCAAGGAAUGGCGCAGCUUGUUCACGCCGGAGGGGAAGUUUUACGAUGGGGGCGUGAAGCUACUGAAGAGAGUUCGGAACGGAGGGGUUGAACCGAGCAUCAGAGCAGAGGUCUGGCCGUUCCUUCUGGGAGUUUAUAGCCUGAAUAGUUCAGAAGCUGAAAGGGAAGCAAUUAAGGCCCAUAACAGGAAGGGAUAUCUGCUCUUGAGGAAACAUUGCCUGCGAAAAAACAAUAAAGAAAGCGUGGAUGAUCAUAUCACGAGUGAGGAAGAAAAUCCUUGUGUCAUUUCAGAGCAAGAAAUGCAGGAUAAGACAGGUAAAGCAAUUCCAGAGAAUCAGGCGGAUGAAAGCCUCUGUUCAUCUAGUUCACGUGAUGAAGAUGAGAGUGAGAAAAGUGAUGUGACUGAUGUGGAAGCAUCCCGUGAUGAUGUCGCCUCUGUGGACCAGUCUUCAGUUGAGGAUGAAGAAGAAAGUAUGCCCCUGCCCAAAUAUUCAAACACAGGAGGAAAUAUAGAAACUGAAACUAAGCUAUCUAAGGAUGCCCGUCCUGUGAAGUCUGCACGGACAGUUGAGGAUUUUGAGACAUGGCAGCGGAUAAUUCGUUUGGAUGCAGUUCGUGCGAAUAAUGAAUGGGUUUCCUACUCUCCAUCGCAAGCUGCGGUUACCAGGGAGAAGGCAAUUGAAUCUGCUUCAGCUGUUUGUCUCAAAGACUAUGAGCACUUGGAAGCACACAGGAUCCAUCAUGCGUCACGUCUUGUUGCAAUACUUGAGGCGUACGCAACCUAUGACCCAGAAAUCGGUUAUUGCCAGGGCAUGAGUGACCUCCUUGCACCUCUCCUUGCUGUGCUGGAGGAAGACGAUGAAGCCUUCUGGUGCUUUGCCGGUUUCAUGAGGAAAGCCCGCCACAACUUCAGACUCGACGAAGUGGGUAUUCGCAGGCAACUCAACAUGGUCUCCAAGAUAAUAAAAACCAAGGACUUCCAUCUUUACAGGCACUUGGAGAUGCUUGAAGCUGCAGACUGCUUCUUCGUCUAUAGAAUGGUGGUUGUGAUGUUCCGGAGGGAGCUCACCUUCGAGCAGACCCUCAGCCUGUGGGAGGCGAUGUGGGCAGAUCAGGCAGCAAGGCGGGCUGGGAUCACAACAUCAUCCUGGAGAAAACUUCAGCUUGGAGCCCCUCCAACUGAUGACCUGCUGCUGUAUGCAAUUGCAGCCAGUGUACUGGAGAAGAGGAAAUUGAUAAUAGAGAGCUAUAGCAGCAUGGAUGAGAUCAUUAGGGACUGUAACAGCAUGGCCGGGCAGCUGGACAUUUGGAAGCUCCUGGACGACGCCCAUGAUUUAGUGGUGACCGUACAAGACAGGAUCGAGUAGCCGGGAUCUGCCCAUGCUUAUAUUUGUAUGAUUGGUCCUGGCAGUUAUCACGUUAUCAUAUGUCUGUUAUAUACAAUAUCUUGUAUGAGGUUAUGGACAGAAACAUUUCUGGUCUUGUUUUCUGGUGUGCCCUCUCUCUGCAUGUGACUGUUGCACAGAGCAGAUUUGUGGAUCUUGUCAUCAGUUGCUACUUCUUGGACUGUGGAUGCUGGAUACAAUUUGGUCUUGCAGUGUAUUUGUAACUAGGAAAAAGCCUUGUGCCUGAAGGGUGGUGUGGAGGGAAAUAUAUCUCAAUGUCCUGAAAGACAUUUAGUUCAGCUAUUACUGCAGAGGGUGUAUUCAGGAAGGGAUUCUGCCUUCAUAAAAUAAACUUGGAAUUUCCGAUAAUCGAAUUGAUCAA